AUGUCCCUCCCCACCAUCCCCGUCGACACAAUCGACGAUCUCAUCUACGACGCCCGCGCCGGCGAUCUCGACUCCCUCAAAACCACCAUCUCCGAACUGAGCGCUUCCCUGCAAUGCACGCCUGCACAAGUCAUCGCCGCGACGGUUGACGCCGCGCCCGAGGCCGAGGGCGGGACGGGGUGCUGUUUGUUGCAUUAUCCGGCUGCGAAUGGAAAUUCGGAAAUCCUAAACUACCUUCUCACCACCCUCACAACGCAACCCUCGGAUCAAACAACGCAAUCCAUCCUCAACCACAAGAACCACUCCGGAAACACGCCCCUGCACUGGGCGGCGCUGAACACGCACCUAGAGUGCGUCAAGGCAUUGGUGGAAGCCGGCGCGGACAUCGCGGUCACGAACGACGCCGGUCUGGACGCUGUGUUUUUGGCCGAGAGGGCUGACUGGUCGGCUGUCGAGGUGAAUGAGGCGACUGCGGGUGCUGCGGAUCAGGAGGAGUCCGGAGAGGCGGAGGUGGAGAUGAAGGAGGGGGAGGAGCAGGUGCCGCCGUCGAAGGGGAGACAGGUGGUGGAGUGGUUGUUGAGUUCGGAGAAGGGGGGUGAAUUGGAGAGCGGUGUUGCGGAGGGAGAGAGCGCGAAGAAACAAUAG